AUUUAAACGAUACUUUAAAUUUCUAACGACAUUAGAGUUCAUACCUGUCGUUAAAUAUUAACCGAACAUUGCUAAAUGCGUACUUAGCCAGAAUGGAAUUUAUCGAAAACGAUCCUCUAUUGUUGGGAGACCACGAGCCCAAGAACCUCGAUUCGACGGACCCCGAGAACCUCACGCCCGUCCAGGAGUUCUACCGCGGCGCCAGCGUUCUGAUCACCGGCGCGACGGGCUUCCUCGGCAAGAUCCUGCUGGAGAAGCUGCUCAGAUCCUGCGGCGAGGUCUCCACCGUGUACCUGUUGGUCAGGAACAAGAAGGGCAAAGCCGUCGCGACGCGCGUCGACGAAAUCUUCGACGAAGUCGUCUUCGAGCGACUGAAGAAAGAGUGCCCGAAGUUCCGGCACAAGGUCGUCGGAGUGGCCGGCGAUUGCUCGCUACCCGAUCUGGGGUUAUCCUUGGAAGAUAGGAAGAGAUUGAUCGAAAACGUGACCAUUGUGUUUCACGUGGCUGCCACGGUACGAUUCGAUGAGAAAUUGAAAACCGCCAUAGAUAUCAACGUCAGAGCUACCCAGGAUAUGCUACGUCUUGCCAGAGAGAUGCCCAAACUCAAGUCUUACAUACACGUUUCCACUGCUUACUCUAAUUGCGUGGAGCCCGUCAUCGAGGAAAGGAUUUAUCCACCGGCCAUGGACUACAAGAAACUGCUGGUUAUGAGCGAUACUCUUUCGGAUAAACUAUUAGACAAUUUAGUGCCUACGAUUUUAGAAAAGUACCCAAACACGUACGCCUUCACCAAGCAAAUCGCCGAAAGUGUGGUGCAGGACUUGGGCAAGAGUUUACCAGUAGGAAUAACCCGCCCUUCGAUAGUGGUUUCUACGGUGAAAGAGCCGGUUCGCGCCUGGAUAAACAACAUGUACGGGGCCACAGGGGUGGUAGCGGGAUCUGGAGUUGGUCUGUUGAGGACGUUGCACUGUGAUAAAAAUUCUAACGCCAAUAUCGUGCCGGUGGAUAUGUGCGUUAAUUCGAUGAUAGCCGCUGCUUGGGACGUGAACGAGCAAUUUUUCGACGCCGUAAUCAACGAGAAGGACUUCGAUAUUCCGAUAUACAAUUUCGAAAGCAGUAACGAUUGCCCUAUAACUUGGGAGUACUUCAUGAACACUUCGUUGAAAUACGGUUUUAGUAUACCAUCAGCGAAAGCCAUAUGGUACUUCUGCUUGAUAUUAGAGAAGAACCUGCUGUUGUAUACUCUUUACACGUUCUUUUUACACACAGUUCCUGCACUUUUAGUCGACGGCGCCUUGUUGUGCAUAGGCAAAAAACCGAAAAUGAUGAAGGUGUAUUCGAAAGUGAACAAAUUCAGCAAAGUAUUGUCUUACUUCGCCUUGAAAAAUUGGACUUUCAAAUCGUACAACGUGCAGCGGGUGUGCAGGAAAAUGAGCGACCGAGACAAUCGGAUAUUCUUCAGCGACCUGAGGCAGCUGAAUUGGGAUAUGUUUUUCCAAGCUUACCUACGAGGAGUACGGGUGUUUCUAAUUAACGAUCCUAUGGACACUUUACCGGCUGCUAAUGUUAAAUGGAGAAGGUUGUAUUGGGCCCACCAAACUACUAAAGUGGUUUUAGCAUAUUUUGUUUUAAGAUUUUUAUGGACCUGUGUAAGCUUCUUUUUUAACUUUUUAUAAUUUGUAUCAUCGAUUUUAUUAUUAUACUUGAAUAAAUUUUUUAUUAAUAAAAG